UGGCUGACGGUGUGUCUCUCGUCGUAGUUGUAGUGCCGGCGUUCGCGAGCACCUCGUUCAUUCCCUUCGCUUUCCGGUCACUCGUUAAGCAUCCAGUGCUCGCGCGUUUGUGCUCGGGACACAGUUCAGUUUCGUGAAACUUUUGAACAUUAACACGUGCAUCAGUUGCUGAUAGUGAGCUGACACGGACAUCAGAUACAGUGUAGAAGAGAUAUUGGGGAAAAUCCAGAAAAAUAAAGUACACAGGUGUGCGGGUGUGUCGGCAUGAGGCGCGAGGCGCUGCGCGUAGCGCGGCUGGCACUGUUCCUGCUGCAGGCUUCCUUUGUCAUCGGUCGAAUAGCGUUCGAGAAACUGACUGAUGUGGACUUUACCGGCACAGCGUACUACACUGUACGGAAUCUGUCGCUUUACGAGUGUCAAGGCUGGUGCAGAGAAGAGCCAGAUUGCCAGGCGGCUGCUUUUAGUUUCGUAUUAAACCCCCUGACGCCAGUACAAGAGACGAGAUGUUUGCUACAAAACGACACGCAGGCCAACAACCCUAUGGCCACGCCACAGCGUUCAGUGAAUACUUACUACAUGGUGAAACUGCAAGUUCGAACAGAGAGCGUGUGUUUAAGGCCUUGGGCCUUUGAACGAGUACCAGGCAAAGCGCUUCGAGGACUUGACAACACCAUCAUCUAUACUUCUACUAAAGAGGCUUGUCUUGCAGCCUGUCUUAACGAGAAGCGGUUUCCGUGCCGGUCCGCGGAAUACGAGUACGGCAGUAUGCGGUGUGCAUUGAGCGACUCUGACCGCCGCACCGCGCAGCAUUUCGUGCAGCUCGUCGACACGCCUGGAACUGACUACUUCGAGAACCUGUGCCUGAAGGCGUCGCAGGCGUGCAAGGGGCAGCGCGUGUUCACUGCACCACGCGUGGGUGUGGCCGAGGACAAGGUAGCACAGUACGCUGGACUGCAUUAUUACACUGACAAGGAAUUGCAGGUGACUUCGGAAGCCGCGUGUCGAUUGGCGUGUGAGAUCGAAUCUGAAUUCUUAUGUCGGUCGUUCCUGUAUCUCGGAGCUCCUCAUUCAGCGGCCUAUAACUGUCGACUGUACCAUUUGGACCACCACACGUUGCCCGAUGGACCUUCAGCUUAUCUCAAUGCGGAACGUCCUCUUAUUGAUGAUGGAGAACCGAUUGGAAAGUAUUUCGAGAACUUCUGUGAAAAACCACCAAGUACCACUAACGGUGAACUACCUGUGACUAUCGACCAUCAACACGAUACGAACACUUCCAGCAAUCUUACCAGAAAUGAUGCCAAUUGUGACAAAACUGGUACCUGUUAUGACGUAUCGGUGCACUGCAAGGACACGCGGAUCGCGGUACAAGUCCGCACGAAUAAGCCGUUCAAUGGGCGCAUAUAUGCACUGGGCCGUUCCGAGACGUGCAACAUCGACGUGGUCAACAGCGAUUUGUUCCGCCUUGACCUCACCAUGGCUGGACAGGACUGCAACACUCAGAGUGUCACUGGAGUGUACUCAAACACAGUGGUGCUUCAACACCACAGUGUGGUCAUGACAAAGGCCGACAAGAUCUACAAGGUGAAGUGUACUUAUGAUAUGAGCUCCAAGAACAUUACCUUCGGAAUGGUGCCCAUCAGGGAUCCAGAGAUGAUCUCCAUCACUGCGGCUCCUGAAGCGCCACCACCUCGAAUUCGCAUCCUCGACGCUCGCCAGCGUGAGGUUGAAACUGUGCGCAUUGGAGACCGCCUCACGUUCCGCAUCGAGAUACCCGAAGACACACCCUACGGUAUCUUUGCACGCAGCUGUGUCGCAAUGGCCAAGGACUCUAAAAGCACUUUCCAAAUUAUUGACGAUGAAGGUUGCCCAGUGGACCCCUCCAUUUUUCCUGCGUUCACUCCGGAUGGCAACGCUUUGCAAUCCGUGUACGAGGCGUUCAGGUUCACAGAAUCCUACGGCGUCAUCUUCCAGUGCAAUGUCAAGUACUGUCUGGGACCAUGUGAGCCGGCGGUAUGUGAAUGGGGUCGCGAGUCUCUCGAGUCGUGGGGCAGACGGAAGCGUUCGCUGCCUCGCAACGAGACCGGCGACAUGCACAGCCAGGAAGAAGAUAUGAAUAUCUCUCAGGAGAUCAUCGUAUUAGAUUUUGGUGACGAGAGACAGAGCACUGACUUCCUCAGGUCUGAUAAACCUGGAGGCACUGCUUCGGAGGCCAACUUUGGCGAGAAAACGGUGACAAUAGUAGAACCGUGUCCGAGUAAGGCUUCAGUACUGCUUCUGGGAGUAGCGUGUGCUCUGCUAGUGCUGCUCUACAUCGCUACAAUCUUCUGCUACUACAUGCGCAAGUGGCUUACACCACCGAAACACCUCUCGUAACACCUUUUGCGACUCAU